AUGGAAACCCUCAUGGCGCAGGAAGGAGAAAAGGAAAAGAAGAACACUGUCACACUUUCUGGACUGUUAAAUGCAAUCGACGGCGUUGGAGCCGCGGAAGGGCGAAUUCUCAUCAUGACCACAAACCACAUCGAGACGCUCGAUAAGGCACUGAUCCGGACCGGCCGCGCCGACGUCAUCGUCACCUUUACCAAUGUGACCAAGAAACAAGCCGUUGACAUGUUCAUCAACAUCUACUCGGGAGAGCGCUGGAUACCCUACGAGCCUGGCAAGCCCGAUGUCGAGGACUGGACCGAGGACGACAUCAAGCGCUUGGCGGACGAAUUUGGAGCUAAGAUUCACGAUCGGGAGUUCAGCCCCGCCCUCCUUCAGCAGUAUUUCAAGGAGUUCAGGGUGGAGCCUCGACGAGCCGUUCAGGAGGUGGACAAGUGGAUGGAAAAUCCACGCGGCUACCGAAAGCAUGGCCUACCGGAGCAGCGACUUGAUGAGAAGCGCGCUGCUGACAAGGGUCCUUGCAGGGAGAAUCCUUUGGUGGAGAAGUCUGCUGAGGAAAGCCCUGCUGAGGAAAGCCCUGCUGAGGAAAGCCCUGCUGAGGAAACUGCUGAGGAGAGCCCUGCUGAGAAGGCUGUUGAUGUCGAACCUGAUGCCAAGAUCAAGGCUGAGAACAGCCAGAAGAGCCCCAGUCUUUAG